CUCUUGUUCUUGGUAACAGAUGAUUAUGAUCAGAAUGAGCAGGUAUUGAGGCAAUUUGAUAUGAACAUGGCAUAUGGACCUUGCUUGGGGAUGACCAGACUGGCUCGCUGGGAGCGAGCUCAGCGUCUGGGAUUAAACCCUCCCAAAGAAAUCAAGAACCUCUUGAAUGCUGGGAAGGUACAGUUGGAAUGCUUGUGGAAUGGUCUUGUUUAGUAACCGUUGUGCCUUGUUUAUUAUGAAGAUUUUAAUCUUUUAAUGUAACAAUUGACGGAUGAAAUGUUCAGCCUCUGGCUGUGCUUUUUGUUUCUGCUAUCUUUAUGUUCUAAUGAGUUAGAAUGUUUGAGUCUCCUGAUGUUAGUGGGCAUCUUUUGCUUGCUACUGGUUGUGUACUGCUGUGAAGAAGUUUGUGGUUGUUAAUGUGGGUAACGUUUUCUCUAGCACGUUCUGUUUCACUGUGAGUUUUAUUGGAGGUGUCUAUGGAUCAUUGGAUUACAUGUUCCUCUGAAAUUAAUUAGCUACAAAAGGGGAUUAUGAGGAAGUGGUGAAUUAACCCUUUUCUUUUUUCUGACAGGGAAUAAAAUACAAAUUAUAUGCCUUCAAUGCAUGUAAAUGAUUUAUCCAUCUAUUAAUCGCUA